AUGUUACUAACUCAGAACUUGUACCACUUGUUGGGGAACGAUGUUGAGGACGACUCAACACCUAUUCUUGCAACCAAGGAGGUCGUGAAAAACACCACUUCAUCGAAGAAGGCUGAUGUACCACCACCUUCUGCCGACCCAGCCAAGGCUAAGAAGAAGUCCAAGGCUACCGGUAACGAAGCCGCAUUGAAGAACAAGGCUAACAACAAGGAAGUCAGUGCUCCAUCUUCCACCCCAUCCAAGCACUACAAAAAACCAUUUGACCGUCACUCUAGAUCCGGAAAGUCCGAUUCCGGAAAGAAGAUCAAGCAAAGCUGGGGCCAAAAGAGUGCUGCAGACUUGGAAGUCGAAGCCGAGGCUGAAGGUGCCGCCGAUGCCGUUGCUGGUUUAGAAGAAGACGCCGAGUCCGCCGAGCCAGUUGACAACACUCCCAAGAAAUCUUUGGCAGACUACAUUGCCGAGUUGGAAUUGAAGCAAAAGGAAUUGGAUGGAGCCAAGAAGGUCAGACAAGCCAACCAAGGUGCCGAAUCCAAGUGGACCAGUGCUGAAAAAAUUGAGAAGGCCGAACAAGGAUACGUUGAACCUUCAGUUGUCAAGAAGGCCAAGGCUAAGGCUCCUAAGGAGAAGAAGUUUUUGGAAAUUGACGCCAAGUUUGCUGACUCCGAGCCUGCUCCAAGAGGUGACUUUGGUGGCAGAGGUAGAGGAGGAAGAGACGGAAACAGAGGUGGAAACAGGGGCAGAGGUGCUCCUAGAGGCAGAGGUGGAAACAGAGGAGGUGCCCGUGAGGGUGCUGGCUCUGCUAAGCCAACUGUUGACGACAAGAACUUUCCUUCUUUGUAA